AGGGCGCAGAGCGGGCGGCCAUGGCGGCGGCGGCGGCGGCGGCGGCGGGGCGAUGGGGCCUGCGGGGCCUGCGGGGCCGCAACCUCCGCAUCCUCACCAAGCCGAGUCCGGCCUGGUACUCCGCGUCCUCCUCCUCGUCUUCGGCGCCGACGGUCAGACUCUUCAUCGACGGCAAAUUCGUCGAGUCCCGGAGCGACGAAUGGAUCGACAUCCACAACCCGGCCACCAACGAGGUGAUCGGGCGGGUCCCCAAGGCCACCCGGGCGGAAAUGGAGGCCGCCGUCGCCUCCUGCAGACGAGCCUCGCCUGCCUGGGCCGAGACGUCGGUCCUCAGCCGCCAGCAGGUCCUGCUCCGUUACCAGCAGCUCAUCAAGGAGAACCUGAAAGAAGUGGCGAAGCUCAUCACCCUGGAGCAAGGGAAAACCCUGGCUGACGCGGAGGGAGAUGUGUUCCGAGGCCUACAGGUGGUGGAACACGCCUGCAGCGUCACGUCCCUCAUGUUGGGCGAAACCAUGCCCUCCAUCACCAAGGACAUGGACACGUACACCUACCGCCUCCCUCUGGGAGUGUGCGCCGGGAUCGCCCCCUUCAAUUUCCCGGCCAUGAUCCCGCUCUGGAUGUUCCCCAUGGCCAUGGUGUGCGGGAACACUUUCCUCAUGAAGCCGUCGGAGCGCGUCCCCGGAGCCGCCAUGCUCCUGGCCAAGCUGCUGCAGGAUUCCGGAGCCCCGGACGGAGCGCUCAACAUCAUCCACGGGCAGCACGAAGCCGUGAACUUCAUCUGCGACCACCCGGAGAUCAAAGCGAUCAGCUUCGUGGGCUCCAAUCAGGCCGGAGAGUACAUCUACGAGCGCGGAUCCAGGAACGGCAAGAGGGUCCAAGCCAACAUGGGAGCCAAGAACCACGGAGUGGUCAUGCCCGAUGCCAACAAGGAGAACACCCUGAACCAGCUGGUGGGAGCCGCCUUCGGGGCCGCCGGCCAGCGCUGUAUGGCCCUGUCCGCGGCCAUCCUGGUCGGGGAUGCCAAGAAGUGGUUGCCGGAGCUGGUGGAGAGAGCCAAAAACCUACGCGUCAAUGCCGGAGACCAGCCCGGAGCGGAUCUGGGGCCCCUGAUCACCCCGCAGGCCAAAGAGCGGGUCUGUCGCUUGAUCGAGAGCGGGACGAAGGAAGGCGCGUCCGUCCUCCUGGAUGGACGGGAGAUCCAGGUCAAGGGCUACGAGAAGGGCAACUUCGUCGGCCCGACCAUCAUCUCCGAGGUCAAGCCAAACAUGACCUGCUACAGGGAAGAGAUUUUCGGGCCCGUCCUCGUGGUCCUCGAGGCGGAUACCCUGGACGAAGCCAUCAAGCUGGUGAACGAGAACCCCUACGGAAACGGGACCGCCAUCUUCACCACCAACGGAGCCACCGCUCGCAAAUAUUCCCAUUCGGUGGACGUGGGACAGGUGGGAGUGAACGUCCCCAUUCCGGUGCCUCUGCCGAUGUUCUCCUUCACCGGCUCGCGCUCGUCCUUCAGGGGAGACACCAACUUCUACGGCAAACAGGGCAUCCAGUUUUACACCCAGCUGAAGACCAUCACCUCUCAGUGGAAAGAGGAAGACGCCACGGUCACCUCUCCCGCCGUCGUCAUGCCCACCAUGGGUCGCUGAGCCCCGCUCGCCCCACGGUCGCUCCGUCCCCGCCGACCCUCCCUCCCCUCUUCCCCGGCCCGCCCCGAGAGCUUGUCCGACUCAGCCGGGAUCCUCAGGGUUCCCCGAGCGUGGGGAAACCCUGACCGCCCCCGGUUCACCCAUCCCUCCCUUUAAGCUGUGAAAGUCAGAAUGGGAGACGGCGGGGGGGGGGGAGAGGGGUGUGGGGAGUCACCGCCCCCCUCCACCCCCCUCCACCGUCCUCUCCCCUUCGGUAGCCGUCGCGCGCCGCGAGCUCCUCCCCCGCUCCCUCUCCCAGCGCCCCGGCCGCGCCCCGGCCGGGCUCGGUCCCUCAGCGACGUCCCCGCGGAAGACGCGGCGCCGACUCCGCGUCGGGGCUCGGGGGCCAACGGGAGGACGGGGGUGCGGAGGACGGACGGGGGCGGGCGUCGGAGGGCCGCGACGGGCCGGCGUGGGAGAGCCAGCCCUCCCGGAGCAGCGACCGCUACCCGUGUUGCCCGGGGAGGCCCGCCCCUCUCACCCCCCCCCCCGCCCCCC